AUGUCAGAAAUCGUGAAAAACGAGUCGAAAGUCGAAAAUUCGGCCAAAAAUGCGACCAAAAAGCGGAAAAUGGAAUCGAAUGCUGGAUUCGCGCGAAGAGACCAACAGUGGACACGACUGACGGGAGCGCCCGCUUGGGAUCUGCAGCCGACGCCUCUUCUGCACGAGUUUUCGGGCAGAUGUCGACUCUUCGUCGCGAACCUCCCGCAGAGCGUCACCGAAGACUCACUUCGCGCGCUGUUCUCUGAAUUCGGACAAAUUUCGGACAUUUAUAUCGGAAAAGGAAAUCAGUUUUCGUUCAUAAAAAUGGACACUCGAGUGAACGCUGAGAACGCGAGACAACAAUUGGACGGAAAGCCGUUGGACGGCAGGACUCUGCGCGUGAGGCUCGCGGCGCACGCGUCGGCCAUCCGCGUGACGCAACUGCCGCCCCUCGUGUCCAACGAGUUGCUUCAUCUCGCCUUCUCCUCAUUCGGAACCGUCGAGCGCGCCAUCGUGUCGGCCGACGACAGGGGUCGUUCUCUGUGCGAAGGCAUCGUUGAGUUCGCGCGCAAAUCCUCGUCUUUGGCGGCGCUCAAGAAGUGUCACUCGGAAUGUCUGCUGUUGUCUUCGACGCCGAUUCCGGUGAUUGUGACGCCAUUGGAGUCGCGCGACGAAGAGGAGGGCGUUCUCGAGAAGUCGCUCAGUCUCCAUAGCAACGACUAUCGGAUGGAACGAGAGGUCGGACCGCGAUUCGCAGAACCGGGAUCCAUUGAGUGGGAGAUGGCGCGGAAGUGGAAGCAGUUGGCGGAAAUCGAAACUCAGCGCAAAGAGCAGUUGGAAGCGGAGUUCAAGGACUUGAGGGAAGGAUUGCGACAACAGAUGGAAGCGCUGAAGGUGGAGGAGCGGACGCGCGUCUUGAGGGAACAGUUGCGCGAAAUGGAGAACGAGAGCCAGAAGCUGUGCGCCGAACGCGAGUCGCGAUUGGAGUCUGAGCGCAGGCGCGAAGAGCAACGGCGGCAGACGGAGGCGUUGCUGCGGCAACAGGAGGAGGCGUUGUUGCGGGGGCGCAGCGACGCCGACUUGGGCUCUCUGCGGCGCCAGGAGUCGGAACUGCGACAACAGGCCAACGCUUUGCAACAACUGCUGGAUCGCCAGGAGGCGGCGCUGCGCUCCAUGUCCGACGUGCAGCCGGACUUCCAAUCUCAGCAACAGUCGCUUCCGGCGAAUCUCGCGCAAACCGGAAACCAAUUCCUCACUUCCAUGCGCUCCAUGGCGCCGCAGAACAACGCGCCGCCGCCGCAGCAGUUCCAGCCGCCGCCACAGCCGCAGUACAUCCACCAUCAGCAGCAGCAGCAGAGAGGAGGAAUGCAGAACUCGUUCAAAAGGAACCGAAGAUUUUAA